AUGUCGAGAUUUGAGGAUAAUCCCUUUAGUGAUCCAGCCAUAGACAAUCCCUUUGCGGAUCCUGCAGUACAACAAGUUGCUAGAAGUACAAAUAAUGCGACACGUGGUCUCGAUGAUUAUAAUCCCUUUGACGGACAGCAAAAUGCAAAUCAGGCUACGCCUGCUCAACAGCCAACACAGCCUGCUAUUAUGCAGGCAGUAUCACCUCCUCUAGCGGGUGGACAAUACACACAACCCAAUCCACAACAAAGCCAAGGACCACCACAGAACUUUACUACAGCUGAUUUUCAAAAAAGACAAGAGGAAUUGGAAAGAAAAGCUGAAGAAUUAGCGCGACGUGAAGCAGAACUAAGAGCUGGCUCCGCUGGUAGACGCAACAAUUGGCCACCCUUGCCUGCAUUCUGUCCCAUACAACCAUGUUUCUACCAGGACAUUAAUGUGGACAUACCUUUAGAAUUUCAAAGGAUUGUCCGACAUUUAUAUCACCUAUGGAUGUUCCAUUCACUGGUAUUAGCAUUGAAUAUUAUUGGUGGUCUCGCGUUAUUAUUUGCCGGCGAAAACUUCACUGUUUUUGGUCUAGCAAUUCUAUAUUUCGUGCUAUUAACACCAUUCAGCUUUAUCUGCUGGUAUAGACCAAUAUAUAAAGCGUUCAGAAGUGAUUCCUCAUUCAACUUUAUGGUGUUCUUCUUCAUAUUUAUGUUCCAAAUUAUAAUAACUUUGGUACAGUCUAUUGGAUUCAGCGGUGGAGGUUCUUGUGGUCUGAUAACAAGUAUCGGCGCGUUCAAAACAAGCGUGGGCGCCGGUGUUGUCACACUGAUCGUCACGAUAGGCUUCGUCACGGCCAUCGUGGCUGAUGUCAUGCUUAUCGCUAAGGUGCACCGCAUCUACCGGUCGACGGGCGCGUCCAUGGCGAAGGCGCAGGCGGAGUUCACGACGGAGAUCCUGCGCAACCAGCACGUGCAGACCGCCGCCUCCAGCGCCGCCGCCGCCGCCGUCAACGCGCAGAUCGCCAACGCCAAUAGGUAU